AUGUCCCUGCCUGAGGUUGAAGGCCUUUCGAGCUCUGAUGUUAUUGAGUCAACGAUGAUCCCUCCUAUGAUCAGCUUGAUCUUCUAUGGUGGAUACAUUGUACUCUAUGGAAUCUGCAUCCAUGUUAUCGUGAAACAAAGGCGAACAAACUAUAUCAUCAAUGACAUUAUCAUCACCAUACUCUUUAAUGUGGUCACUGGUGGUCUGGUCUCAAUUAUGGUAAACUGCUUCCUACAGGCAAAGUGUGACCUUGCACAGUCUCCAAUCCACGAGUGUCAGGUUCUCGAUCACAGUGAAUUGGAGGGUACCAUGUUUACAACUCAAGUCACUAUUGUAAUUGCCAACAUUAUAACAGAUGGCAUCCUUAUAUGGAGGUGUUAUCUCAUCUGGAACCAGAAGUGGAGUAUUAUUGCUCCACUCAUCUUUAUUUGUGUGGCAAACAAUGGUGCCCUCAGUGUUGGCUUUUUCUUUGUGCCUUCAGCAAUUGUUGUUGUAUCUCACACUCAAAUAACCAUGGAAGGAAUCUUCUUUAUAUCCUUUGUGAUGGGAGGUAUCCUUACUAAUGUCUCAUUGACACUUCUGAUAGCUGGAAGAAUUAUCUAUAUAAGUCAUGGCAUUAAAAACUUUUCAACAUCCUCAGCCCAAAAGAUGUAUCAAACUAUUAUCUCUGCAACACUUGAAUCAGGACUCCUCUAUCCAUUCAUACUAGUGUUGUAUGGAUCUGUUACAAUCAGUCAUCACCUCUCAAAAGAUGCUCAGACUGAAAGACAACUGUUUGUGGCAGCUGGAGUUCUCUACUCAGUGUUACUCCCAGUAAUGGGAAUUGCCUCUACAUUGAUUAUUGUCCGAAUAAUGCUUGGUAUUGCUGUAGAAGACAAGAAAUCAAUCAGAGACACUGCCUUGGUUGAAAUUGGUGAGCAAAGUGUUUAG